GUGUUAUUGUCUCGCUGUCAGUGCGACUCUUGGCCUUAGACGGCAGAGGGGAUAAAAACGGUUUUCUAUGUGAUGGUGUUGCAGAAAGUUGUUAAACCAUGACUGAAGUGCUACAUAUGGACACCAGCUUUCCAGGGAAAAUUAACCCUCCAGCUUCCCCUACCCUUCUCCCAAAAGACCAGGAGGCUCCCUACUCAGUAGAGACCCCCUAUGGUUACCGUCUGGAUCUGGAUUUCCUCAAAUAUGUUAAUGAUAUUGAAAAGGGCAACACUAUUAAAAAGGUGCACGUGCAGAGACGGCCACGGUAUGGAUCCCUGCCCCGAGGUUAUGGCUACACAGGCUCAUGGUGGACCUCCACUGAGUCUCUGUGCUCCAACGCCAGCAUAGACAGCCGACAUUCAUCCUACUCAUACUGUGCACCAGGCUACCACACUUCACAGCGCCCAAACUUUAGCACAGCACGAGUGGAGAAAACCUUGCUGGAUGCACGGCGCAAGCUAGAGGAGGAAAAGGAUACAAGGCGCUUCUCCAACCUGGGGAGCAUGCACAGUAGUGUGGCUGGCUCCAACACCUCACUUUCCAGUGCUCACAGCUUUAACCGUGCCCAAGGAGGGGGAGGUUCAUACACUCCAGCCAGCUCUGGCCUGUCCACUCCUGUUACCCCCACCCCAGCCCACCUCCAGUAUGUGCGUGAACAGAUGGCCAUGGCCCUUAGGAAAAUCCGAGACCUAGAAGAGCAGGUAAAGACAAUCCCUGUGCUGCAGGUCAAGAUCUCCGUGCUUCAGGAGGAGAAGAGGCAACUCAGUGUGCAACUUAAGAGCCAGAAGUUCCUAGGUCAUACGUUAGGGUUUAGCCGUGGGCGCCCACGUAGUGAGCUUUACAUUGACAUACCGGAGGAGGAGGUGGGAACUGGAACCACCAAGGAGGAGGGGGGACUCUCUCCCACCACGCCAGAUGGCUCUCGUCAAGACUCAGGGUGUGAGAUUGAGGACACUGUGAUUGUUGGUGGAGCAAGGCCAGGGGGCAGGAGGGAGGUUCGAACAAUUGGAGUGGGUACAGAUUGUGAAAAGAAGGAUGCAUAUCAUGUCGGUGUAGGUGUGAGCGAGGAAGAUUUGGGGUUGUUGCCAGAGACAGAAGCUUUGAAGUCCAAAGUGGACCAGUUGGAGGCACAGCUGAUAAGGACCAUGCAGGAGCUGCAGAGCGCUCAGAAGCAGGCCGAGAUGGCACUAAAAGAGAGACAUUUUGAACCCCUGCAGCCUGAUCAUGCUGUAAGGGCCACCAGCCUGGGCUGGCAGGAGCAGCAAGGUCUAGUGGGUGCCGGCCUUCACACAUUGGUCAGCUUCACCCAGCAGGUUCCACAGAGGCAGCAGAGGACAGUUGGCAUUCAGGUGUACACACUGGAGCAGCCUACAGUGGUGGGUGUGAGCAGUCUUCUUAGGGUGCAGGACUGCAGUUCUUCUACAAAGCCUCUCCCUGCUACUUUCCUGGAGGGGGCACCUCACAAAGGAUAUGCUGAGCCUCUGGGUACAGAAGAAUCACCUAGAGAACUACCUAUUGCAAUAAGCUCCAAGCAGGUACGAGAGGUCUUAAGAAGUGAAUUGUCCACAUCAGUUCCUAUCACCAGCCCUGCCAUAGUCAUGGAGACAAAGUUCAAUCAAGUGGGUCCCUUUUACCAGCAAUUAAAGAAAGAAGAGCAGCACCCUAACACAGACGUUUUGCAGGGACAUGAAGACACAGCCCAAUUAGCAUCUCAGACCAACCUGAGAUCUAUCAUGAAGCGUAAGGCAGACAGAGAACCACGCUCCUCUUCCACCAAGAAGAAUCUGCAAUUUAUUGGUGUAAAUGGAGGGUAUGAGUCUACCUCGUCAGAAAGCAGCUCAGAGAGUUCCGAUGAAAGUGAUGCAAGUGAAUAUCAUGAAGCCACUGAAAAACUACCAGAAUCUCCAGCUCGACAACCACAGCCUGCCAAUGCCAGCAGCUCUGAUGUUCCUGUGUCUGAAAGUUUAAAAUCUACAGAGAUGGCAACUGCUUCUGCACCUCAGCACAGCACUGCUGCACCUUCACUUACCGGUGGUUCAGACAUUGCAUGCCAACAGGUUGUACAGUCACCAGCAUCAACUACGGACAAAUCAAACUGUGCAAUCCAGACAUCUACUAAUGACAUGGUUCUUCAAGAGACUAUUGGCCAAUCAACUGAAAGUGAUUCCACUCAGCAGCAAACAUCCCAGAGCUUAACCACUCCCUCCGAAUGCAGUUUUGUUCAGUCAUCAACAAACUCUAUGGUACUGGAACAGACUGUUAACUUACCCAAAACCACUGAAAAUAUUAACCAGUUAAUUAGCUCAGGACUGACCCCUCAAACAGUUACUAGUCUUUCACAUGACACUAGGUCUACUCAGUCAGAAGCCAGCCAGCCCAUUCCACACCAGCAAAGUAUACAAAUAAAAAUUUCAGAGGAGUCUACCCAACAAGACACAGGCAGCAUUCCACCUGAAAAUACAGACUCAAACCAAGCAAAUAAACAAGACUGCAGAUCUGAAGUAAGUGAACACUUCAUGACAGCUCUACAUACCUUACAGAAGGCACUCGGUGAGCCAAAUGCCUUCAGCCAGCAGCAAGCGAGAACAGCCUACACCACAGUGUUGCAGGAGUGGCUGCGUGUCUCGUGUCAUAAAUCCGCAGACACGGCAGUGGUCCGAGCCUACAUGGACACUAUUGCUUCCAUCUCGCCACAACUUCUGGAGUUUGUGAUCAACAUGGCUGAUGGGAAUGGAAACACAGCAUUGCACUAUACUGUGUCACACUCCAACUUUCCUGUGGUCAAACUUUUGUUGAACACAGGUCUCUGUAAUGCAGACAAGCAGAACAAGGCCGGCUACACUGCCAUCAUGCUGACAGCUCUGGCUGCGUUCCAUACUGAAAACGACCUUCAAACUGUUCUGCAACUGCUUCGAGCUGGAGACGUCAAUGCAAAGGCUAGCCAGGCUGGACAGACGGCUCUGAUGUUGGCCGUGAGUCAUGGCCGAGGAGACAUGGUAAGAGCACUGCUGUCUUGCGGAGCACAGGUCAACCUGCAGGACGACGAUGGCUCCACAGCCCUCAUGUGCGCAUGCGAGCAUGGCCACGUGGACAUUGUUCGCCAGCUGCUGUCUGUACCAGGCUGUGAUGCCACUGUGACAGAUAAUGAUGGAAGCACUGCCCUCUCUAUAUCACUGGAGGCCAAUCAGAAUGACAUAGCUGUGCUUCUUUAUGCCCAUCUAAAUUUUGCCAAGCCUCCUUCACCUGUGUCUCCAAAAUCUCCUAUUCUGGGAUCAUCACCAUCAUCGUCUGAAAUGAAGUAACUCUAAAAUAAAAUAUUUUCAGAAAAGGUCCAUAUCCACUCAACCAAGAGUACAAGUGUGAGAUAUUAUGUCACUGUGUGUGUGUUUAAAGGUUCUGUGUUUGAUAACUAUCACAAUUUUUAAACUUGUUUUCCAACACUGUGUUGCUCUGGAUGUUCCAUAAAAUCAUUAUGUAUUUCCUUUGUCCCUAAAUGGGGUGUCAUAUAACGAAAUAAGUUAAAUAUAGUGUGUCUAAAUGUCUAACUAAUGACUUAUUUACAUUACAUUACAGCAGUUACAUUACAAUACUUUUGGAAAACAUUUUUACAUCAUGGUGCCCUAGCUACUUGCUGAUUUUUAUGACUUUAUGACAAAGUGGCCUUUUUUGAAGCUUUCAAUAAGGGUUGCCAAAUUAUUGAUAUACAGACAAAUAUUUUUCCAGUCAAUUUUUCUAGAGAGAAAGCUUUUCAUCAUUGCUUCCACAAAUCAAUACUUGGCACAUCAUGUU